AUGGUUCUGCUAAGGGGAGUUGGUUUGUUGCGUUCUAGCAACGUUACUAGUGGUGGUGCAGCUGCCACUGCUUCUAGAGGUGGAAAUUUAUUUAAAUGUUUAAUGAAUGCUAAGAGACCAGAUGGGAUGUUGGUCAACAGGAGGGGUUUCCAUGGGAGUAUGGUUUAUAAGGCUGCCAUGAGUGAAGAAGAAGCCUCUGAGUUGAGUGAUGUGACUAAACAGUUGACUGGGGCAGAUUUACAAGCAGCUUCGAAAUUGCGUAACAUUGGUAUUUCUGCUCAUAUUGAUUCUGGUAAGACUACAUUCACUGAACGUGUUUUGUACUACACCGGUAGGAUUAAGGCUAUUCAUGAAGUCAGGGGUCGUGAUAACGUGGGUGCCAAGAUGGAUUCUAUGGAUUUGGAAAGAGAAAAAGGUAUCACUAUUCAAUCUGCUGCUACCUAUUGUUCUUGGAAUAAAGACCAGAAGGACUAUCAUUUUAAUUUGAUUGAUACACCAGGUCACAUCGAUUUCACCAUCGAAGUCGAGCGUGCUUUGAGAGUUUUGGACGGUGCCGUCUUGAUUGUAUGUGCUGUCUCUGGUGUUCAAUCUCAAACUGUUACUGUUGACCGUCAAAUGAGAAGAUACAACGUCCCAAGAAUUACUUUUAUCAACAAAAUGGAUCGUAUGGGUUCCAAUCCUUUCAAAGCUAUUGAGCAAAUAAACUCCAAGUUGCAGAUUUCUGCUGCUGCUUUGCAAGUUCCAAUCGGUUCAGAAUCAAAUUUGAGAGGUGUUGUCGAUAUUAUUAAUCGUGUCGCUUACUAUAAUAAAGGUGACCAAGGUGAAAUUAUUGAUAAGGCAGAAGUUCCAGAAGAUUUGAAAGAUUUGGUUGAAGAAAAAAGAGCUUUGUUGAUUGAAAAAUUGGCAGACGUAGACGAUGAAAUCGCUGAAUUAUUUUUGGAAGAACAAGAACCUACCGUUGAACAAAUCAAAUCUGCUAUCAGAAGAGCAACAAUUGCUAGAAAAUUUACCCCUGUUAUGAUGGGUACCGCUUUGGGUAACACUGGUAUUCAACACGUCCUAGAUGCUAUUGUUGAUUAUUUGCCAAAUCCAUCUGAAGUCUUGAACACCGGUUUAGACUUGUCUAAAAAUGAAGCUAAAGUGCCAUUGGUUCCUUCUAUUCAACAACCAUUUGUCGGUUUGGCUUUCAAACUAGAAGAAGGUAAGUAUGGUCAAUUGACUUAUAUUCGUGUUUAUCAAGGUCGUUUGAGAAAGGGUAAUUACAUCACCAAUAUUAAAACUGGUAAGAAGGUCAAGGUUUCCAGAUUAGUGAGAAUGCAUUCUGAAGAAAUGGAAGAUGUUGAUGAAAUUGGCUCUGGUGAAAUUUGUGCUACUUUCGGUAUUGAUUGUUCUUCUGGUGACACCUUUACUGAUGGUAAUGUCAAGUACUCGAUGUCCUCUAUGUACGUUCCAGAUGCAGUUGUUUCUUUAUCUAUCAAACCUAAGUCUAAAGAUUCAACCAAUUUCUCUAAGGCCUUCAAUCGUUUCCAAAAGGAAGAUCCAACUUUUAGAGUGAAAUUUGAUCCAGAAUCUAAAGAAACUGUUAUUUCUGGUAUGGGUGAAUUACAUUUGGAAAUUUACGUUGAAAGAAUGAAGAGAGAGUAUAAUGUUGAAUGUGAAACAGGUAAGCCACAAGUUUCCUAUAGAGAGUCUAUUACAAUUCCAGCCGAAUUCGAUUACACUCACAAGAAACAAUCUGGUGGUGCUGGUCAAUUCGGUAGAGUCAUAGGUACCAUGUCUCCAGUUGAAGGUGAAACCAGAGAUAAUCUAUUUGAAACUGCUAUUGUAGGUGGUCGUAUUCCAGAUAAAUAUUUGGCUGCAUGUGGUAAAGGUUUUGAAGAAGCUUGUGAAAAGGGUCCACUAGUUGGUCAUAAGGUCUUGGGUGUCAAAAUGUUAAUUAAUGAUGGUGCUAUUCAUGCAGUCGAUUCUAAUGAAUUGUCUUUCAAAACAGCCACCAUGGCAGCUUUCCGUGACGCCUUUUUGAAAUCUCAACCAGUUGUUUUAGAGCCAAUUAUGAAUGUAUCAGUUACCUCUCCUAAUGAAUUCCAAGGUAAUGUUAUUGGUUUAUUGAACAAGUUGCAAGCUGUGAUUCAAGAUACUGAAAACGGUCACGAUGAAUUUACUGUUAAGGCAGAAUGUUCUUUAAGUACCAUGUUCGGUUUUGCCACUUCUUUGAGAGCAUCCACUCAAGGUAAAGGUGAAUUCUCAUUAGAGUUCAGUCAUUAUGCUCCAACCCCACCUCAUGUCCAAAAAGAAUUGAUGGCAGAAUAUGCAAAGAAGCAAAAGAAAUAA